AUGGCUUCGAUAGACCAGUCAUAUACCAUGCUCCCCAGGCACUUGAGCCCCCAGCACCACGACGACUACAUUCUUUACCCUGAGCCACCACAGGGAGUCUUCAGCACAGCACCCAUGGAGAUGAGCAUCCCUGCCGACGCCUCUUACUUGUUCCCAACCUCCAUGGCAAUGGAUCACCAGCCCGCCCUCUACGACAACAACUUUAUGUACCAAGGACGCACAUCACCUGGCCUCUACGAGGACGCCGAGUUCCAACUGCCUUCUUCCAACCUUUCUACCGCAUCAGCACCAUCGGCGGCCUCCUCCAACGUGGGCUCGCCCCAAUCACACAACGACCAGCCGGCGCCAAUCCUCGACUGGGCGCACCCCGGCAUCGCUGUGACCCCGGGCAUCGUGCCCCACGACUACUACAACACCGCCGGUACAGAGUACUCGACCUACGCCGGCCCAGGUAUGGAAGACUUUGCAACUUUUGAAUUUGCAAACACCAAGCCCCCGGGUUUCGUGGGUGAGUUGCCAAACGCUUCUAGAACCACUCUUGCGCCCUCAUCUCGCGCGCUUUCUUCUUUUCCUUCUCCUUCACACGAGUCAAUUGGCUCUCAUUCUUCCAACACAGCUAUAGCUUCAGCUGUGCGCGUGCGCGACUCGGGCCCGGUGCUGGAUACUCACUCGUCCUCCUCAUCCCCUGUCACGCCCGCAUCGCGCAAGUCAAGCUUGUCCUUUGUCUCUCCUAGCUCUACUUCCUUCUCUUCUCCUCCGGCGCCCGUCUGGGGCCACUCGCCAAAGACUCCUCGAGUCUCUACUUUCUUUUCUCAGAGCAGCGGCCAUUUCGUCGCUCCUCUUGGUUCUUCUUGUUGGUUUUCCUCUGUCAAGCAGCAGCAUCAUCCUCCUUAUCGCACAUUGCCCGCUGACCACCUCUCCGCUCCAGACCCUUCUUUGAUCCACCCCGACAUCAGCCGCCCCAUGAUGGCCAACUUCCAGAACCCCAACCAGUAUCCCACCUCGCCUGCCCUCUCGCCCUCAUCACAGUCAAUGUCAAUGGUUCGCAACGGCAGUCAAUCGCCCUUCCUCCACAGCGGUUUCCAACAGCAGCAGCAGCAAUUCAGCCCUUACGCUACUCCCGGUGACGCCCGCCGCCCCAGCCUUCACUCAUUCCCCUCAACCUACUCUGAUGGCAACAACUACAGCGGCGAUGAGGGCAAGGAGAAGCAGAGAUGCCCCCAUCCCGAAUGCGGCAAGGUCUUCAAAGACCUCAAGGCGCACAUGCUCACUCACCAGACUGAGCGGCCGGAAAAGUGCCCGAUUGUGACUUGCGACUACCACGUCAAGGGUUUCGCUCGCAAGUACGACAAGAACCGCCACACCCUGACGCACUACAAGGGAACCAUGGUGUGCGGUUUCUGCCCCGGCUCCGGUUCAGCGGCUGAGAAGUCGUUCAACCGCGCCGAUGUCUUCAAGCGUCACUUGACAGCCGUCCACGGCGUCGAGCAGACACCACCCAACAGUCGCAAGAAGAGCAGCAGCGCCAACAGCGGCAAGAAGCUCGCGGGAUACCCUCCCGAUGCCACUGGCAAGUGUUCCACUUGCUCGCAGACCUUCUCCAACGCUCAGGACUUUUACGAGCACUUGGACGACUGUGUGCUGCGCAUUGUGCAGCAGGAGGACCCUUCUGAGGCCAUCAACGCUCAGCGCCUGGCCGAGGUUGAGAACGACAAGGAAGUGCACCAGACAUUGGAGAAGAACCAUCUGCCCACGCAGACGCAGAUGCCCUCGAACGAGGAGGAGGACGACGAGGAGAUGAUGGAGGACGAUGACGAGGAAGACAGCAAGCAGCGCGUCAGCGCAUCGCCCAAGAGGAAGGGCAACCCGGUCAACGGUGUUCAAAAGUCGCGCGGCCUCACGCACUCCCGUGGAGGCGGCCCUAUGCCUGUCAAGGCCAAGGGUCGCAAGAACAGACGCGACUACCCUUCUUCCUGGGGCUUCGACAAGGGCCAGAUGACGAUGAAGAAGCGGGUGAUGGCAGUGUUUGAUGGUCCUCGGCGACUGGCCAAGGACGACAUGAUGCUGUCGACGGAUCACGAGGUGCGCAUCAAGCUCACGGACGGCAACAACUACGUGACAGACCUGGACGUGCAGACGCUGAAGCGUGCCGAGGGCUUCCUUGGUGCGACGGAUGAGGAGAAGGGACCCUGGAUCUCUGACGAUCCGACUGAGGAGCAGCUGCGGGAGAUGCAGGCGAUGCUUGAGAGCUGCCAGGCGGCUCAGUAA